GGCAGUAAUUACUAUUCAUGAGUUGACUGUCACCACAGCGCGUCUCAUGGAGGACAGCGAGUUUAUAAUCCUACAAAAAGCACAUGAUGAGUUCAACAGUAAGAAUUUUAAACGAGCAGAGGAAAUAUACACACAAUUCAUCGAGUCCUGCUCCAACUCCAGAGACUGUAAUGCUCGUGAUUUGGCCAUCGCCUAUAAUAAUCGAGGGCAGGUGAAGUAUCUCAGGGUGGAUUUCUAUGAAGCCAUGGAUGACUAUACUUCGGCCAUACAGAUCAACAGCCAGUUUGAAGUGCCAUUAUAUAACAGAGGAUUGGUACGUUAUAGAUUGGGCUUUUUCAAGGAGGCUGAGAGUGACUUUAAGAGAGCCCUGGAGCUGAAUCCUGGUUUCAAAGAUGCUAAAGAAAGUUUGAGUCAAACUCUCCUGGACAGUGAAGAAAAGUGGAACAGAGGCUACUGAUGAGAACUAGUCAUUCAAUUUUACAUUUCAUCUCAUCUGAACCAAGUUGUUUGAACUGUUGAGUCAACAAUAUGUUAUAUUGUCAUUGACAAUCAAUAGAAAGUGAUUGUGCUGUCAUCAGUUUAAGUAAAAUGUUAUGUUUCUGUAUGUAUACUGAUAGUUUUUUUUGACAAUUACAAAUCAUGCACAACAUCAAAAACAUCAAAGUGCAGUCUGAUUUAGAUGAUUCAUUGCUCCUUUAUCUGUUGCUGGAUUGAUUGACACACAUUCGUUUAGUGAAGUUCAGAAGAGAUUCGCAGUUUUGUGUAAUGAAAACGUGAACCUUAAAUGCAUUCAGUUGUGAUUGACAAUCAAACAAUGACUAAAAUUUGACCAAGAAUA